AUGAUGCUAGCUAAGAAGAUUAAAUACGAGGUUGUCGAACCGACCGAGACGAGACGUCGCCACCUUCCUAACACCGUUUAUGAAACUGGAGAGGAAUUGUUCUUAGGAACGUGUGAUAGCAGAGGAAUUGUAGGUGUCUUCGCCAUCACGAAUGUAACAAAGAACAUCGACAACGUACUAUCUGAGUGGAAGGUUCACGAACGAGAAGAUCUGGAUCGAUACGGAACUCUUCCUCUCUACGCUGGACUUCUGAGUCACCCAGUAGAGGGUACCGUAAUGAAAGUGACCACAUCAUCGUCACUAAAAGCACGAUUGACCACAUUCACACUCUUUCAAAACUCAUCGAAGUAUCACGAGUGCACAAGAGCGCUCUGUCUCACCUUCGACGUGAAGAAGGGCAUCGACUCAGUUAACACGAAAGCAAUCAUGGAAGCCUUAGACAACCAAGAUGUCCUUACUCGGAAGACCGGCGCCCCGAUGGUCGCGUUUCCUUCAAAGAAAAUUUUGAUGUUCUCCGUGUUCCACGCGAAAGGAGGAAUCACUGGCACUGGCACGCGAUCGGAACAAAUGGAAAAAUUACAGGCGCCCACUGGACCAGGUCGAAGAAUAACGGGAGUCAAGGUAAGGUAA